GUUUAUAUAGUCAAAGUAAUACAUAUAUAUACACGCUGCGCAAGUAUAAGAACAUACAGCGGAUAAAAGAGAAAACAUCGUCCUGGCCCUGUUAUAUAGAGACACACGCACACACACGCGCUCAAUUACGGACGAAAAUAGCCGACUGUAAAACCGAUCGACUCUCAUGAUCUUGUGCGUCUGCUGUGUAUGUAUAUAUACGAGUGUGACAUCUGCAGCCAUUUCUCGAGAAAAAAUCUAACCUCUGCAACAGGAAGUGAUCAUGUGUCAUUGGGGGUGUUAUUCUGGAUAUUGUUUGUCGAAUAAAAGAAAGAUAAACCGUACAGUCAUUGUUGUCAAUGCGUAAAGUGUUGGAGCAAUCGGUGCUUCGUUGCGUUGUUCGACUCGCGAGCUCGGAGUGUGACAAAGGAGAGCGACGACAGUCGAAUGCGAAUCUCGGACGUCAUUCUUCUCGACGUAUAAAAUUCGUAACGCAAUAAUAACGCGAAUCGAGCCUAAUUUACUGGUGAUAAUCAGUAACAGCGCGCGUACGUGCGCACUUGCAUUUCGUUUGAAAUUAAUUAAACCAGAUAAUUUUGAAACAGCAAACCUCAUUUAACCGUGACGUUCCUACGAUUGUCGCGAAAACUUCUGUGUGCUCACUUGCUAAUGAAUUAUGCAAUAAUGUUGAGAUUGAGCGUCUGAAACGUCGUUCUGCCUAAGUUGAAAUCCACUCGCACGGCGAGUGGGCGAUAAAACAACAACAAUAUGUUCCCGUGUGCGAGUCUCUGAAUUCGAGAAAUAAAACAUACGCUCGACGGUUUACUGAAGCUACUUUCGAAGUACGUCUCUACAUGUUCUUGUUCAAGAUAACUGACAAGAUUGUACGCAAGGAUACAUCCAACAAUGUCAUCGAUUAACAGCAUUGAUUCUCACAAAACAUUACAGUGGGAUAUAAUGGAAUUAGCUCGUCAUUUACGACAAGAGAGAUUGUUUGUGAAUUCUGAACAGCAAAACUUACAAACUCUUAAUGAACGGGUUUUGUACAUGUCCUCACAAUUAGCACAACAAGCCUGGGUAACUGCUCAAGAAAGAGUCAAUUUAAAUCGUUUGAUACUAGCAAGACCAGACUGCACUCCGGCAUCGUGUUGCCUAAGAGCAAAUGCCUUGGAAAAUUCACAUUUUAUUGAUGCAUACAAAUAUUUGCGUUAUCAAGCAUGUUUGUCUUAUGGAGAAUUCUUAGGUGCACUGCGAAAAUCACCCAAACUGCUUGCUCUAUGUUUAAUGGAAGGAGACAAAAUCAUUCCAGACUCAAUGCAAACAAUUAUACAAUGCUUGGCUGCUGGAUUAUACGGCAGUUGUAUUUUACCAGAGGACAAAAGUUUGGUUCUCCAGUUGUUGAGGCAUCUUAUGUUGCUGCAAAUAAUCCCAUCUGAUAAUCCACGACGAUUGCUCAGACACGGCACGUGUGCGUUUUCCAGAUUGUACGCGAUCUUUCACGAAAGUUUGUUCUCUGCAAAGCUUUUCUUAACGGCAGCUUUGCACAAUCCUAUUGUGCAAUUGCUCAUGGAGGAUGAGAUGUUUCUGGACAUCGAUCCGGAGAAGGCACCGAUCAGAUUUGAACCUGCUGAGAGAUUGAAGAAAUUUGGAAAAGAAGGCACUCCUGAGUAUCAAGCGAAGCUGCAACGUUACAGACUGUGGACAGUGAACUCCUUGCAUCGUAUUACACAAAGAUUUAUUCUUAAUAUUCGCGAAACAAUGCACUGUUUUCCUACAAGUAUCAGCUGGCUUGUGAGGAAAAUGGCUGGACUUUUGAGCAAGAACGGAAACGUCGAUCCAAAAGAAGUGCACGCUAUAUGCACCGAUCUUGUAUUCACAUACUUUAUUUGUCCAGCCAUAGUUAAUCCUGAACCGUACGGUAUUACCGACGCGCCGAUAAGUUAUAUCGCAAGGUUUAAUCUGAUGCAAGUCGGACAGAUUUUGCAGAUGCUUUCGCUGCAGAAAUAUCAAAGUAUCGAUAACAAAGUCGUCGAUCUGUACAAGAGAUUUGAGAAAGAUUCAGUGUCUUCCAUAAUAGAUUCGAUGUUAGAUGGUGCGACGGAGGAAUUAGAGGAGGAGGAACCAACAGUUAUUGACAAUAAUAAACUUCAAGGCCUGUCACGAUCCGCAACGUUGUUUACGGAAAGUGAAUUAAAUGCGUUAAUUAUGUUUUUGAAUACGAUUGUUAGUAAUAACAAUGAGGAAGCAAUAUCGCAUAAUAUGUUCGAUAAAAAACAAUUAGAAGAGAUGCUGUCACAACUGCCUUCGGGCUCGCUGCAUAAUAACAAAUUGAGUAACGAAUUCUUGGGAACACCUACCAAACGAGGUGUUACCGCAGGAAAAGGUAAGGGACGUGGCAUAAGAAUGAGUACGUCAUUUUCGCCAAAUGUAACAAAUGAAAGUGGAGAGGAAGUUAAUGGCACUUGUGGUCCCGAAGAAGAGACGUCUGAUAAGAAUUCGCAAGAAGUACUAGUCAUACCGUUUGGUCCGACAAUUGGAGAAUCUGUAGGACUGCUCAGCGAACAGAAAGUUUUACGCAUGGAAUUCGAAAAUGGCAUGGAGAAUGGAUCUGUUACAUUGAAUCUCCCCGAUGAUGCAUCCACUGAACAUACCAGGCAAGAGGGUAGUAAUUUAGAACGCAAUAUUGAAACGCAAGAAAAGAGAACUCGAUUCUCACUGUCGCAUGACGAAGUAUUGUUCGAAGGCUCGAUUGGUAAUACAUCCGAUAAUUUGGAAGCUGUAUCAGAAGCUGCUUCAAAUCACAGUGUCGCUUCUUCUCUGGAGUUAGAGACAGAGGAUCAGAAUGAUAAUCUCUCAGACAUGGUAUCUGCUAAUGUGUCGGGAAGAGGAACUCCCAAUAUAUCAGGUCGAGACACGCCGUCAUCUCAAAUUACCGAAGGAGAUGAUGGACGUGCCGGGGGAGAAGUGAGACAAUUGGACUUGCCACCACCUACUAUUCCAACUAAACAAAGUCGAUCUGAAAUUGACGACAAGUUUUGCAAAUUUGAAAUUAAAAAACUUAUUGAAGGAGACGAAACUGUGUCUAUGGUAUCUGAUACUUGGUCUACCGAUGUGUUGGCUUCAGACAGCGAAAUAGUCGAACAGCAAGAUCGAGUAUCACUCCCUGUUCCUCCUGAAGCUGCACCUGUUCUACCUACCGAGUCUGCUCCAAAUAUGUUGGAUAUUAGUGAAACCGCGUCUGAGGCUUGGAGCACAGACGUAUUGGCUAGCGACUCGGAAAGAUUGACUGAAGUAGAUACUGACGAUACUGCUAGUGUCGCCAGAUCUGACGAUACAGCCAGGUCUGAGAUUGAAGUAGAAAGUCGCGCUGAUUCCGAAGGAAACGAAGAAACACUUCAGUCAGCCACUCCAUUGAUUGCAGGUCCGGAUAGUUCGAACGUCAGUUUUUCAUCGGGAAUUCGAGAGGAUUCCAGCGUUGGAUGUUCAGCGGCAAUCCCAACAUCACCGACGACAUCUCCGUCACCCUCAUCAUCUAACGCGACAGAAGUCGGAGGUGGAACUAAACCCGAUUAUAGACGCGGCACAAUGGAAUAUGUAGAUAAAAAUGCUAACAACAUAAACACUACGGAUUACGGGAAACCGUUGCGGGAAGUUAGGCUGGCCCACUUGAUAGACAAGUUUCAAAUUGAUAACGUUAAGCAAACCGAACGUCAACCACCCGCGCAUAAUCACAUCGUUGCGGCUGCAGUUGCGCCGGCGUUGCUCUUAGCCAACCAUAUUUCUGCGCCUGUUUUACCGGAUAAAUCCAAGAACAUUGACGGAAAGACAGAGGUAUUGGACGGCUGUAUGGCGUCAGUUGGCGAUACCGUAGGCCGCUUAAGUACGGCCAGCUUAACAUCCAGCAGUAGUUCCGGAUCGGAACCGCGAACUAAAAGUAACACGUCAGCGUCGGAUUUGCCGACACCGACAAUUAAUGGCAAUUGCGACGCGGUGGAUGGGUCGAGUUCUAACUUUUCCAAACCAAAUGUGUCAACGGGAGCUAUUCCAAAGAGCAUAAGUUUCGACAUGACGGCCGAGCGUGGCGAUAAGGAACUGCUGGACGACGAUCAAAAGAAUAAGCGGGGAUUUUUCGGUAAACUUAAACUAUCGCUGAGAAAUCGUAGAGGCAAAUCACUCCGCGGGACAGACGACAGAUGCUACGAUCGAGAAGCUGGUGGCGACGGAGUCGAUAUAUGCAGGCAUAGACUUCGUAGGAUUAUGUCGGAAGACGUAUCGUCAUCUAGUAAUGUCGCGAGCGACUCUACUGAUGACAUAUUAGCAAAAUACAGGAGAAAACCAAGUGCAGCUAGUGAUACAGCUUCUGUCGAGAGCAAUCUAUCCCGCACGAAAGAGGUGGAGGAUGAGAGACUCUCAAUCGACCAGAAUAACGUGGAACUGUCUUAUGCUUUCGCGGAUGCCAAGAGAAAAUUACGUAUGGUACUUAGUACUGCUGAUCUUCAACACAUUCCAUGGAAUACCUCUGAGAGGCAUUGUUGGUCACAGAAAGAGAACGAGCUGGUCGCGUUUUUACAAUUACAAUUGGCAGAAGCUAUAAACUUGCAAGACAGAGCAUUGAUAGCUCAUCUUCAUGAAACUUUGCGCUGCGUUCAACUGUUCAAUGAUGACGGAUGUAGAAAACUUUUCAAGUCCCUACGUGAAGACUAUCAAAAGCGAUCUCCUUAUAUUGCAUACUUAAUCAGAUGUCGCCAGGGACUUUUGUCGACAUUAGCUCACUUGGAUAGGCUUUGUGAGCGAGUUAAGUGCGAUCGAGAUGCCAUCAACAAUCAUCUUGUGUCCGUUUGUGUAAAAGUAUUUUUGGAAAAAAGAGAGUCUUUCCUCUUGCGUUUCUGUGAUGAAUUUAAAAAGCUCACUCUGGCCGACGAGAAGCAAGAUCUUGUAAACAGCUUUCUGGGAAAAGUCCAUGCUGAAAUGGACAACGAUCCAAUCUGGCAAUCGGCGAGCGCUAAUCAGUUAGAUCUGGCGAGAGUCGUGGUGGAGAGGACUGUUAUGGCGCGGGUGUAUCAUAACGCACUCUAUCCGAACGGCGACGGUGACGUAAAUCGGGACCAACUCUUUCACGAUCACAUCAAAAAGUUGGCGAAAGUCGUAACCCCGAAUCAUAAAGACCUACGCAUUCCGAAGGUCUAUCAUUACGAGUGCCCAUGGCCGUGGGCGCAGGCUGAAUUGGCUGUGAUAUCGGCGUAUAAGACUCCUAGGGAUAAGCUACAGUGUGUAUUCCGUUGCGCUACCACUAUCUUGAAUCUUCUCUCUAUGGCUUCAGAGAGAGGAAUACCUGCUGCUGACGACUUGAUUCCGGUGCUAGUCUACGUUAUAAUCAAGACUAAUCCACCAUCAUUGCUGUCAACUGUUCAAUAUGUAGAUAGCUUUUAUGGGAAUCGAUUGGAGGGCGAGGAACAAUAUUGGUGGACUCAAUUCUGCUCCGCAAUUGAGUUUAUCAAGACAAUGGAUUAACAGUUUCUCAGAAGUAUUACGACAAAUAAGAUAUAAAGUAAGAGAUAAUUAGAUGUGGUGAUAAUAAUAAUAAUAAUAAUAAUAUAAUAAUAAUAAUAAUAAUAAUAAUAAUAAUAAUAAUAAUAAUAAUGUAGAAAAGUUGUAUUAUAAUCACAAUUUCGUGAUUUCAUAAGAGAAGAGAAAGACCAAUUAUCUUGUGUAAAUCUAGCUGAAUAUUAGUAGUAGUUUUAUGCUCUUCUUUAUAACUUGAGUAAAAAUUCUUACAUAACAGAGUUUUUAUUAGUUCUUUUGCACGUUAUUACACAGUAACAUCAGCAAAGACUGAAUAUCAGAUUGUACGUAAAAAACAAAAACAAAAAAACUAUGGCUUAUAUAUACAUAUGUCUUUAAAUUUGUUACUUUAUUGUACAAUUUUCUCUCGUAGAACAUUGAUGAGAAGACGUGAGAGAAAAAACGUCUAAGAUAUUAUUCUAAUACUUUAUGUGUAAACAAUAUAGAAUUUAUAGAAUUGAUAACCGUUUAGCAGGAUAAUUAUAAGCUGUGUUAUGUAGUA